AUGGAUGAGUUUGUUCAAGAUAUAUUAAGUCAGUGGGAACUAAGUGAAUGGAUAUACAGAUUUAAAGAUCACGCAGUAGACCAUGAGAGUUUUUAUUAUCUUGAAGAUCAAGACAUCAAUGAGCUGAUUCCAAAAGUCGGACCAAGAGUUAAAUUCAAGAAGAGACUCAGGCAGUUAAAGCCUUUGCAUUCAUCAAGAGUUACAGGAAAGAGAAAGCUGGGCAUUGAGUCUAGUGAUGAUCAACCUGCAGCAAAACAACAGUGUGGGGCAGACCAGUUUUCAGAAGAAUCAAUAUUGUCUGAAGUGAAAAAGAUCAUGGUGAACGUCUAUGAAAACCUGCCCAAAAAAGAUUAUACCAAGCUCAUUAAUUUCCUGAAGACUAAAAUCACUGAUUUGAGCACAGACAAAAGAGAGAUGGUUGGUGUCUUUGGUAAAACUGGAGCCGGAAAGAGUUCGUUGAUUAAUGCUGUCAUUGGUAAAGCAAACCUUCUGCCUUCUGGAGAUAUCAAUGCUUGUACCUCAGUCAUGAUUAAAGUGGAAGCUAACAUGCUCAACAAGUAUGAAGCAGAAAUUGAGUUCAUCACAAAAGAGGAAUGGCAAGAUGAGGUGUGGUCAAUGUUGCAAUAUCUUGGUGUUGAUGAUGUUCCAGAAAACAACAAUGAUGAAGAUGUCGGUGAGGAUGAUAGUGAUGAUGAUGAUGAUGAUGAUGAUGAAAAUGAUGAAUAUAAGAAAAAACUAUCAGCUGUCUAUGGUAAAGACUGGAGACAAAUACCCAAGGAGAAAUUAAUGGAAUGGAAAACCUUCGAAAAAAUUCCUGAAUUUCUUGAAUCCAGGACAAAGUUUUUGAAGUAUGACUCUGCUGAAAUGCUAUCCGAAGGAAUAGCCAAAUACACAAGAAAUGUUUCAAACCAAGAGGGAGGCAAAAAAAUAAAUAUGUUGUAUUGGCCAUUGGUAAAGUGUGUGACCAUCAAAGUGCCAGAUAUUCCUCUUCUCCAACAUGUUACUCUGGUGGACCUUCCUGGAAAUGGAGACCGCAACAAGAGCAGAGAUAAUAUGUGGAAGAGGAUUGUUGGAAAAUGUUCCACCGUGUGGAUUGUGGCUGAACUCAAUCAGGCAGCAGCAGAAAAAGAAUCCUGGGAGAUUCUAAAAAGUGCUGUUGGUCUCCUUGGAAAUGGCGGCGAGUGCCAAUACAUUCACUUCAUCUGCACCAAGUCUGACCUUUUUGAAGAUUUUCGAGAUCACUCAGCAGAAGAACACUUGACUCUCAUACAAAAGAGGAACACAAAGGCAAAGGAAGAAGUUAGAACUGCAUUUAGCAAGCUUUUGGAUGUCAAGAAACACUUCACUGAGGACUGCUUCGACGUGUUCACAGUGAGCUCUAAGGAGUAUCUGAGAGGAGAACUUAAGGAGAGUACAGAAAUACCAAAGCUUCAGAAGUUUUUGCAAGACCUGAGUGACUGUCACUCAGUGACAUUAAACUACGUUUCAGGAGCUUAUGGGAUCCUUUCUUUAAUCCAAGGGACCAAUUCAAGGAGAAUGGAUGGCAAACAUGAAGACGUCUAUGAAGACCUUGAGAAAAACAAAAACUCUCAACUUGAAAUAAUAAAAAAAAAGAUGGCCAAAACCUACUCAGUUUUUGAAAACUGCUUGAGUAAAGGAGUUGAAACAUCUAAAACUUCAUAUGAAAAAUCUUUGAAGCUCUUCCUGUACCCUCAAAGGCAUGACAAGGGAUUCCACAGGAUACUGAAAUGUGUUGUCAAAAAUGGUGGCAUCUACAAACCCAAAAAGCGAAAGGAAAUAAACUUAAACAGGUGGCUAACGUCUUUCUUGACUAACAGCAUUGACGACGAAUUCAGAAAGACGUUUCCAAAUAAAGGGAAAAGUGGUCCAUUCAAUGGAGUGAUAAACAAGUUUUCCUUAGACGCUGAAAAGCUUAAACAGAAGUACAAAGAUGUAGAACUGCAGCUGAUUUUUCUGAUGACAGAGGAAGAAAGAGUUCAGUCAGAAUUGAAGAAAAUGAUUCGAAACGGCAAAAAGACAGUCUACAACAGUUUAGUAAAAACAAUUCAGGAAACCAUGCAAGAGUGCUACACGGAGGCGGCCAAAUUUGAAAACGUCGGUGCACUGAAGAAAAUGAGGGAAAAAAUUGAAAAUCAUGUGAAAAAAUCAAAGGACACCAUGUUUGAGAAGGCUAAAAAUGUCAUGUUGUCAGAACUCAAGAGCUUAGCGAAUGAAAUCCUGGAAACAGUGGAGAAUACCAUGAAAGAAUCAUUAGAGCUUUCAUUUAAGACAGACGACUACUUAUUACCCGAUGUCUCAAGUGAGCUUGAGAUGGUGAAGAAAAUCUAUGAAGAGCUGAAGCAAAACCCAGUGGAAGAAGCUUUAUAAUAUGGAAUGGCGACCUGUCCAGGGUGUACCCCGACUCUCACCCAUAGACAGCUGGAGAUGGGCACCAGCAACCCUCGCAACCCCAGUAGGGAUAAACAGGUCUUGCAGACACUUAUGGAAAAAUUACAAUCCCUCCACCUAUCACCUGAUUUGUAUCUAUGAUUUUUGCAUUUUUUAGUAAGUCUUCAUAUAGUAGGAACUACUAUGCUAAUUCAUCAACAGGUUAAUAUAAAUGAAGAUGGUAUUUUGGAAUUUAUGUUUUCUUUCCUAAACUCAAUAACAUUUUACCUAUGUUCACUGAUUUAGUAGUAUGAUUAGAAAUAUAUGAAAAACCUUUACAA